CUCCUUUUCUUGGUCUCUUGCACCCCAAGGCCACCUUUUAUACAAUGGCAACUCCCCUUACUGUUGUCGAAUAAUGCACCCCCACUCUAGCCGUUCCCUGUCUUCAUUGUUACCCUAUUUUUUCAACCGGUAUUACUAUGCCCUUCUGGGCUGCGAAUGUAUUUUGGAUUCCCUCUAUAUUUAUUUUUCUGCUGGGUCGGAAAUUGCACUUUUGUGUACGUUUGAUAUUGCAUGAUACCUCAAUGAUACAAUACUUAUUGAUAAUACGAUUUGAUUCUGGCACUGUGAAUUUGGUAGUGCUCUUACUCAUUGGCGUUGGAGCGGAGGCCAGGGUCUUAACACGGUUCGUCACCCCCUACUUAUUCCUGUUAGUGAGGAGGAAGGUCGGGGGGAAAUAAGGCCGAUAGAUCCUGAUCAGAGGCAAGGGUAGAAGUUCCUGAUCCAUAAGGCCCGUGAUAUUCUCCGUCAAGGUAUUUCAUUCUUGGCCACUAGAGAAGCGCCAGUUCAGGCUCCUGGAGGCGGUAUAGCACUCCGUUAAAGCAGGAGCCAAUGACACUAUCCCCGUGUUGCUAAAGUAGGGAUCCACUGAACUAAUAAUUUGAACUGUGUUGUUGAACAUUGUUUGCAAAGUAAACUCCUGCAUACAAACCAAGCUUAAAUAACCACCUAAACUUCUCCCUGCUUGCAAACCAGUCACAUCGCAGAUCAUAUUUUGCCACUCACCACCAGCUCGCAGCUACGGGUAGGCAUAAACUUGGAUUUUUGCCUCUUUGUUCCCUGCUUCUGGCUUCUGGGCUUGUACAGGUAUCCUAUGUAUGUCUUGCGCCUGGCUUGAUUAGGAAAAAGGAAUUCACAAACCAAACAUGGGUAUUUGCCCGCUGGUUUCCCCCGCCACUCCCCUAGCCACGACGACUCAUUAAUUGAUUUAGUAUUAUUCUACGGACCAGGACUAAACUUAUCCCCAAUUUGAUAUUCUCCUACAAAUUGAGAAUGUGCCCGCAGUAUACAAUAACGCAUACUGCAAUGGUCAAGCAAGGGCACACACAGGAAGAACUGUCUCAAUCGAACGGACCGAUCCGCAAUUGGAGUUGCCCGACAGCAAAGCGGAGAGCCAAAAGGUCGCAAUGAUAAAGCUCGACGUGUUGCUGGACCUGUGCAUUGACAACUGCAGAUUGUCCAUCCAGGCUCAGCUUUGCAGGGUCUAGACGACUCAGUGACGCUACUCAAUCUAUCUCUUCAGCCGUCCGGUGCCCUGGCCCGCUCUGGGGAACCUCUCCCUGGUAUUAAUUUUUAUACCUGUCUGUGGCCUUUCUCCGCCAGAAUCGCUUGGGGGAGGUUAGCGGAGAGGCACAGACUUCCUUUCUUGUUAGUUUUCGGUGUCUAGCUUAUUCUUCUGCUUCGCGUGUCCUCCUCCCAUUAAGCAUCUCUUCUUCCCCUAUACCUAGGCUAUUUUCCAGAAAGUCCUCGAUCAUCCUAGUAUCUCUCUAUAUACCUUGGGAUAACGUCGUUUUAGCUUCUGCUUCGAAUUUUUUGUACUGGUCCAAUAGCGAGAGCAGUAUUGUUCUUUACUGUUGCAAUUUGUACCUUGACGAUAACAACAUAUGUUAUAUUUCCUGUAGAAAAGGAAUCCGAGAAGAAGACGAUCGGAGGGCUCUAAAUGCGCCAAGUGAGUUAAUAAAUAGGCACCAUCCCAUUGAAAGUUCCCAGAGCUUAUUUUUGUUAAACCAAGAGAACAACGAACCCUGGCUAUUGUUGACGAGGACUGCUUUAUUCCUCUAGAGCCAUGGGGAUGCCGCAAACUUCCACUACCCAGUCUAGAGCGGACCAAGAACGGCCUCCUCCUGGGUCCGUUGUAGUUGGAAUGCCAUCGACAUCUAGUAUUGCCCGUUUACCUCUUCAGCACGCUUACUGUCCAAUACCACCGGCAUUUACACAAUUUUCCUCACCUUUUCAGAUUCCAGGACACGCAUCUCUUCAGGCACACGAUACAUGGAAUUGUCGCCGAUAUGAUGCAACUUUCAAUUAUCCCUCAAUGCCUGGCGUCUUCACAAAUCAGAUGACCUCCUCCACGCAGGCCCUGUUUUAUCACGCUGCUCUCCACUUCCCCCAACCUACAUACUACGGGGCACUCUUCCAUCAAGGGCCAAGUUGGCAGCAUUUUCCACCCGAAGCCAUGCCAUACAACCACCAACCCAUACCAAUACGCCCACGCGUGCGGAGUAACAAUAACAUUGAGCCCCCGGACUACGCCCGUAUUACGCAUGAACAACCACACCAGGCCAGGUCCUUGGGGCCGGCCAGGGAGUCGACCGCCUGCUAUACUAUAGUCGAUGGCUCAGUGUCAGGCAAUCGUGCUGGAAAAGUCAUCCAGUCGAUAAGAAACAGAACAACAGGGGGGGAACUAAAACUGCCCAUUUUUCCCCACGUGCCACCAAUCCCCAUAGGACCGCCGAGGAAGCCAAAACAGUCUGGGUUCGCCUUAUGGGUUGGGAAUCUCCCGUCUCGCGCAAGCAUUGUUGAUCUCAAGGAUCACUUUUCUCAAGGUGCUACAGAAGAAAUUGAAAGUGUAUUCCUUAUCUCAAAUAGCAAAUGUGCGUUUGUGAAUUAUAAGACAGAAGCGGCUUGCGUCUCUGCAGUGACAAGGUUCCAUGAUUCAAGGUUCCAGGGCAUUAAAUUGGUUUGCAAGCUGCGUAGGGGCGCUGCUUCUGAGAUUAACAAUAGAAUGGCAUUGUCACCACCACUUCCGACGAUUUCGAGUACUGUUACUGAUGAAAAUGAGGUUGCCGAGUCGCGCGGAGAACAUAUUCUGAACCAUUUCUCCAAGGGUCACGGUCUUCCACGCCCAGAUGUGAGACAUCCUGAACGGUAUUUUAUAGUUAAAAGCCUGACUAUCGAAGAUCUUGAGCGAAGCAGAGUGAGUGGGGUAUGGGCCACGCAGAGACAUAACGAGGCUGUUCUGAAUCAUGCGUAUGAGACUUCAGCGGCUGUAUAUCUGGUAUUUUCCGCGAAUAAAUCUGGAGAAUAUUUCGGCUAUGGCCGGAUGGCCUCCCCUAUCCCCACUGGCGAACCAAGCAGCACUGAGGGAAACCCCCCAAAAACCAGUUCAACGACGCCUUCCGAAUUUCUUAUAAUCACGGCUACGCCUCGCACGCAAACGGCACCGGCGGGCUCUGUAGUGGACGAUCCAGCUCGGGGCUCUAUAUUCUGGGAAAUCGAUCGCACAGACGACAUAACUUCGGAAAAGGAAGAUGGGCCUGGCCAACUAGAGAACAAAGGGAAAGACGAUGACAAUCAGUCUUUUGGUAGGUCAUUCAGUGUAGACUGGUUGUGCUGGCGACGUCUCCCUUUCCACCGCACAAGAGGCCUCCGGAACCCUUGGAACGCGAACAAGGAGAUGAAAAUCGCCAGGGAUGGAACCGAGAUCGAACCAAGUGCAGGGAGAAGAUUGAUAAAGUUAUUUGACCUAGUUAUAUAAAAUACCGGGAGCGGUUCUCAACCUUUUGUUUUUUUUUAAGUUUUCGUUUCUUUUCUCUUUUUUUUUUUUUGUUUUGGCUGGGGCUUGGGAUUUAACGUGAUCAACCACCCCCCUUACACCCAACACCCGCCAUUUCGCCAUCACUAUGAUGAAAUAUUUUCAAUGAUAUCACAACAACACAAUUAGAUUUUAAGGUGAUAUAUUAUAUGAUGAAAAUAUAUAUAGAAAAUUACGUAUAAAAAUAUACAGCUAAUUCUGUAGAUAUUUAUUU